GGUAAGGAUGGAGGGAGAAAGUGGCUAUGGCGUCGCGUGCUCUCGUCGUCGGAGAAUCGGCAUUCAGCCCUGUGAGGAGGAAGCUCGCUGCGCGUCUCGAUGCUUGCUUGAUUGUUGUGAGCGCCAUCUCCCUCCCAGCCCUGUGCACAUUGUCAACUGGAUGUGGCCAGCAGCGCCGCAGAGCCGAGUUGUUGACUCAUUGUUAUGAUGGCCUCACCUCUCAAUGGACACAUCAACCGAAGCCACAGUUCGGAGGAGGUGCAGGCAGGUUUAGAAGGUGGGCACAUCGAGAGUCAGCCUGCGGUGGUAGUCGAUGUGGAGAAUCAGAAUGGAGCAGACCGAUCUCAGAGCGGCACAAGUGGAGCCCAACUGCAACAGGCAGAGAGUAUGCCUUUACAGGAACAAGGAGCCAGAGAGCGUCUGUGGAUCAUGAACGACGCCCACGAGCUCUUGCGCGAAGCAUACAACAUGUGGACGGAGAAGGACAACCUGUUCGUCAUCAGAGCCGAGAAGAAGAAGAAGCAAACCAGCUCUCUGUAUAAUGAAAUUUAUCAGUUAGUAGGGUUCUUCAGUGUCUUCCAGGGCGUGCUCCUCACUGCGGUUGCGCAAUCAAACCUAUUGACCUGCCACAACUGGUGGACGGCUUUUUUUCUUAGCUUACUUGCGUCUCUGGUGACCAUCUGCGGAGUGAUUCAAAAAUUUAAGUUUAUUAUUGAACUAGAUAAUAACAUGAACAGCGAAGAUCUCAGUCGUAAGGUAUUUCAGCUCCUUCACCUCUGCUCUACUCCGCCUUUGUCGUCUGUGUUAAGAUGGAUUCCUUUUCCAAAGUUGUGAAUGAAAUCCAGAUAUGAAUACAAUUCCUAUGUCGGAGUUUCGUCUGCUUUGUCGCAUUGUGCAAUAUUGAUUUUGUAGGAUUGUAUCCGGUUGCGUAACUUGCUGGUGCGGAACCGAGAACAAUUCUCCUUCAGGGAGCAUGCGAAAGAUCUGGCGGUAGGGGCUGAAAAGUCGAAUUUGAGGUGGUCUGCCGUGGGUGUAGUCGUUUUACUUGCUUUGUUUUCGAGCUUAUUUUUAGCUUCAAUUUAUAGAAUACUCUGUGAUUCAGGCGAUCCUGUCAAAAAUAGUUAGCUAGAGAAGCAAAACUAUUCUAUAGCUGGAAGGCAGGGUUUGGAUUCUGCAGGAGGGUGGGGUUUUGGUGUGUGAUAAGUUACUCCCAUCUUCGUGGUCACUCACCGUGACACCUAUAUGGUUCAUGUCCAGUCUUGCAGGUCAUCGUCCUUGAAGUCAAUCGCGGUCCUCUUUCUGUCAAAUUACAAUGUCUAAUGCAGCUUUUUUCAUUAGUGGACCCAUUACACAAUACUCUAGAGAACAGUGGUCAGGAAUACUCUUAAACACUGUGCUGAAAUGUUGUAGAAAUGAGUACUUGAGCUUUGAUGGGAAACUUCUAGAUUACUUUUCCGAGAUUUUUUACAAUUUGCAUUGGGAUUCGUGUUAGCUAGACCAUUUUGUUAAUAUCAUAAUGAAUCUUGCACCAGGUAUGUAGUGCAUAGAAAGUUCUCAGAUUUGUGUAGAGUUCUAAAUCCGGUGUCCUCAUUGUAAUUGAAGCUUUGAAGGGGAUGAAACUUUUGCGGUUUUCCAAGUGCUGCGUGAAAUAUACAUUUUCGCUCUGAUUGGGAUGACCUUUGCUUCUGUGAGUGGGUUCGUUAUUGCUUAGCAUUGGAGGAUGCCAGUAUUCUCUUUCACAUCGAUACGUUUUAUAUCAGCUGCAUUACAGUGGUUGAGUUUCUUGCAAAGACAUAUCAAACAAAAAACGCAAGCAUUGUAGAAUGUCGAGCCCUGAGAUUGCACGAUCAUAGCUCGGUGAAAGAAGGUGAAAUGCAAACGUGCGUGGCACAUUCGUAGUUUAAGAGAGUGUUGAUAUUUGAAUUUUAGUAUAUUCAUUAUAUAUAGUCGCAAGUGGCUUCUGGGGAACCGACGUUGAUUCGGUUUAUUCCCACGUAAUACAUCACAAUAAGUUGUCAGUAGUGAGAAGAUGCUUCCAGACUAUGUCACAGAUUGGCUCUAACGGACAAAGAAAUAUGUUAGCAUGGACGCCAUGCUCUGACUUGUAUCCAGCAGCCGUAGAUAUAUUUUCGACUACACAAACCGAUCCACUCUCAAGGCGCGCCGGGAAUAAGGCACCAGCAGUCUCUUUAAUCGGUUUGUUUGAAACAGUGGAGCAAACGAUGAAUUGGGCUCCCGGAAAAACUACGUGGGAAUUCUCUGUCCACGACAAGUACAUUCUCAUGCGUCUCCAGUGCAAGUUUGAUUGACCGUGUCGUGCCCCGAAUAAUAUGGACCGCGUGGGCGGUACGGACAUUGGACUUUCAGCUCACUGAAGCAGAACACUUUGUCGACCUUAACAAGAAUGACAAACUUUUAUCCGGACUUCUUGAGGGCUUGCACUGUUAAGCUUCUCUCUGUUCACUCCCAGUGUGCGUCGCAUCACACAUGUCUUGGCAGGGAUUCGCAUAGCAGGUUUUAGUCGACCUUAGCUGCUCCGGCCACAUCACAGUGUUAGGGACGCCGAACCUAGCCCAGGUCUGAAGAGCUUCCGGGCUCCAAUAUAUUCUAACCUGCACCGUGCAAGCAGCUAGUGGGUGGUUUGCAGCAGACGGCAAUCAAACAAUCCGAUCCGAUGGCCGCGACGAGCUCGAUGAAGCGUUGGACGAAAUCAAAAACGUUCUGUGGAUAAUGGGCACUGAAGUUUCACAUCAAAGCUGUUGCAAAGAGGCUCUUGAAGUAUGGCAAGAGAAAGAGGCGUUAUUCACAUCCAGGAACGAUAGAAGGCGGAAGCAGAUCUCCUACUGCCAGACAGAGAUCUACCAGCUGGUUGGGUUCUACAGUGUUUUUCAAGGAGUGUUGUUCACUGCCGUUGCGCAGUCCACCAACUUGAAAUGCAACAAUCGUUGGACUGUCAUCCUGCUUUCAGCUCUUGCCUCCGUCGUUAUCGUCAUCGGAGUUUUCCUGAAACUCAAAUCCAUCAAGGAGUUCAAGGACCUCAUCUACGACGACGAAGUCUUUCGCAGGGUACAGGUCUUGGUGAAGUGGAUAUUGAGGCUCAAAGAGACAGGAGAGAAGUUCGUGUUCAAAGUGGACGAACCAAGUGAAGUCUUCAAGACGACGCCAUUUGAGCUUAACGCAUCUUUCCUGACAGUGAUCCUCGCCCUUGUAUCCCUCUCUGUCGUGUUCCCCGUUACAUUUGAUCGUAUAUUGUGCAACUCUAAUAAAUAGCUGAUGACAUGCUGUGACAAGGCACACUUCGGUUCUCCGGUUCCAAGUUCUGGUUGCGCUCGCGGUUGCUGGUAUCUCGUCAACAUGGGGUUUUCCACGACGAUUGUGAACAAAACUACCGCGCAGUUAACAUUGUUCGUGGGACAAAACAGAGUUUACAGACGCGUUGGUAUCCUUGAGGGUCUACCUGAUGCAGAUGCGGUCCCCACUGAUAAAAACAAGCUUCAAGUGAAAAUCAAUGGCAAGAAUAUCACAUAUCAACAGAUCAAACUUGUUUAUUCGGAGGAGAAGAAAAUCCACAUCUCGUCGGACGCUUGUGUGGAUUGUUCCACCAUCUACGUGAAGCGAAAGCCCCAUACAACGGACGAAUUCACGUAUGAAGUGGAACCUCCAAAACCAUCUACAUUUCGGGCAUUGGUUUCCAACUUUUGGCAUUGUUUCACUUGAAUAAAGUCUCGAAAUCGUGAAUUUUUUCUUUCGCAAGCAACGUUAACAGUACUAGAGUGCAGUUCAUGGCAUGGUGUACAAGUUGUAGUAAGUGAGGGUGCCUUGAUAGAGUAAAUGUGUGGAAGUCUAUAAUCCUCAUUAUUCUCCAAGUUUGUUUAAUUUGCAAGUGGCAUUCUUCACUGUAAGAGACAUUGCUCUUACAGUGAAGGUUAACUUCGAUGUUGUGCACUACCAAAUUUUGCAUAAAGCUAAACCCCAACUAUUGGGCUAUUUUGAGUCA